AUGUUUUAUACAACUCAAUACGAUCAACAAGUUUCAAAUGAAAAUGAAUUUCCUUCAAUCAAUCAAGAAAAUAAUAAUAAUAAUACAACAAGAAUAUAUCGCUCAACAACAAUAAAACCUAAUAAACAAUUACCAGAAAAAGCUAUUCGUUUAAUGAAUGCUUGGUAUUUAGCACAUGAAGAUAAUCCAUAUCCAAAUCGUAAUGAUUUAGAUUAUUUAGCAACGAAUGGUGGUAUUAAAGAAUCUCAAGUAAAAGCAUGGUUUUCUAAUAAACGUAAUCGAACACAAAAUACACAUCCAAAACGUGCUAAACGUUAUCUCAUACGAAAUCAAACACAGCAAAAUUCAACUUUAUCCAUUGAACCUGAAAAAAUUCAUAUAGCAGAUGAACUUGAACAACGUGCACAAUUACUACAACAACCAACUUCUCAAUCAUUACCAUCUUAUUCUACUAAUUGGUCUUGGUUACCAUCGCAUUCCUAUGAUUAUUAUCAUCAACAUUAUUACUAUAAUCAAUAG